UUGUGUGGGUGCGUUCAGCUUUAAUGCAGAACAAUACACACAGAAAAGUGCUUUAAUAAGAGAAUUUCAGCUGUGGAGGAGAGCAGACAGAUCCACUCCCUGAAGCAUCAGUGGGCUUUCCUGGCUUAUCUAUCAGAGGUGCUUGUGACUGGGAGUGGCACUUGCUUUGUGUGUGCAGGGAGUCUGGGGGGGGAGGAGGAGGAGGAGAGGAGCAGGAGAAGUGGUUGCGGUGCCUGGUCUGAGAUGCUCUGCUGGCUGAGGGAGGAAGAGAUGUCUUUGCAGGAGCUACAGCAGCGCGUGGACUGUGUCAUCACCCAUGUCGACGAGAUCAUGCAGCAGGAGAUCAGGCCCCUGCUGGCAGUCGACAUCAUUGAGCAGCUUCAUAGGCAGUUCGCCGUACUCUCAGGUGGAAGAGGAAAAGAUGGAGCCCCUAUUAUCACAUUCCCAGAGUACUCUGGCUUCAGUGACCUACCGGAUGAAGAUUUCCUCAAUGUCAUCACAUAUCUGACCAGCAUCCCCAGCCUGGAUGCAGCUAGCAUUGGUUUCAUCAUAAUCAUAGACCGGCGCAGAGACAAAUGGAGCUCGGUGAAAGCAUCACUGGCACGGAUAGCGGGGGCGUUUCCAGGAAAUCUGCAGCUGGUCCUUGUUCUCCGACCUUCCCGCUUUAUCCAGAGAGCCUUCGCUGAUAUUGGCAUCCGACUGCACCGUGAUGACUUUAAAAUGAAGGUACCGAUUGUUAUGCUCAACUCCCUGUCUGACUUACAUGGGUACAUUGAUAAGGCUCAACUGACAUGUGAACUGGGUGGAAACUUGGAGUACUGCCACAGUCAGUGGAUUCAUCAUCGAACAGCCAUAGAGAACUUUGCAGUGACGGUGAAGACCACAGCCCAGAUGCUGCAGAAAUUUGGGACGGAUCUUGCAGAGACCGAGCUGCCCAAUGACGUGCAGUGCACCAAAGAUCUGUUGGAUGCCCACACAGAAAAGCAUGAUAAGUUGAAGGAUGAACUUAGACUUGCCAUGAAACAAGGAACUACUCUGCUUUCCUGCAUCAAAGAACAAGCAGCAAAAAAUGUCACUUACAAACUUAACCCUGAUGAAGCUGAGAAUCUGACAACUGUGGAAAGGUUGCUGGCCCAGCUGGAUGAAACAGAAAAUGCUUUUGAACAGUUUUGGUCAAAACACCAGCUGAAGCUGGAACAGUGUUUGCAGCUGCGCCAUUUUGAACAGGACUUCAGAGAAGUGAAAGUGUCCCUGGACAGUCUGAUGGAAAGUCAGGCCGCCUUCUCGGAUAUUGGAGACUGUGUAGGCCGCAUAGAGCAGCUACUGAGAGAGCUUAAGGCCUUAGAAGAGAAAGCCCAGGAAUCAUUGGAAAAGGCCCAGCUGCAUGCUUUGCACGGUGACCAGCUGAUCCAGAGCAAUCACUAUGCUGUCGACUCCAUUCGACCCAAGUGUGUUGAACUGAGGCGCAUCUGUGAUGACUUCACCAACGGAGCCAAAAAGAAGUAUGACAUCCUCACAAAGUCACAUGAAAUUCACAAAGGAAUAGACAAGGUGAACCACUGGUGCGAGUCGGGCGUGUACCUUCUGGCCUCCCAGGCCGUGGAUAAGUGUCAGUCACAGGAAGGAGCCGAGGCUGCCCUGCAGGAUAUUGAGAAGUUCCUGGAGACCGCAGAAGACCAGCAUCUGAACAGCCUCAAAGACCUCCACAACCAGUAUGAGAUCGUCCUCACCGCUGACAUCAAGGCCAAAGUGCAGAAGGCCCUGCAGAGACUGGAGGACGUGCAGGAGAUGUUUGACAGGAGACACGUCAGUCUCAAGAAGCUGUCGGCCAAGCAGACCCGGCCGGUACAGCCUGUCGCUCCCCGCCCUGAGUCCUCCCCAAAACGCUCCUCACCCAAAACGCCCAGGACCACAGGUCCCAUGCCAAACCGUCGGGGACCAGAGAAUUCCAGCACCCCAAAGCAAUCCGCUGACUCCGAUUUCACCAGGAAGAAAAAUAUUCGCAAAGCUAAAGGUGGCAUUAAGAUUGAAGUUAUGCAUGAAGCCAGCCAGGGGGGCUCAAGCCAUGUCCUGGUGUCAAACGAGACCGAGGAAAGCUUGUCAAAUCGACGGAGACACAUCAUGAAUGAGCUGAUUGAAACAGAAAGGCUGUAUGUUGAAGAGUUGCAGAGUAUCAUGGAGGGAUAUGCUGCUGAGCUUGACAAUGCAGAGUUAGCCCACCUCAUCCCAGCGGCACUGCAGAACAAAAAAGAUGUGCUUUUUGGAAAUCUACCUGAAAUCUACGAGUUUCACAACAGGACAUUUCUGAAAGAGCUUGAAAAUUGCGUUGAAAAGCCGGAGUUGGUGGGAACGUGCUUUCUGAAAAGGAAAGAAGACCUGCAGAUCUAUGAGAAGUACUGCCAGAACAAACCACGUUCUGAGGCUCUAUGGAGACAGUAUGGAGACUGUGCCUUCUUCCAGGAAUGUCAGAAAAAGUUGGACCACAAGCUCUCUCUGGAUGCAUACCUGCUGAAACCUGUUCAGAGAAUCACCAAGUACCAGUUGAUGUUGAAGGAGAUGCUGAAGUGUAACAAAAAUGCAGAGGGCACUGCAGAGCUUGAAGAGGCCUUGGCAACAAUGCUCGACAUCAUAAAGUCAGUCAAUGAUUCCAUGCAUCAGAUUGCCAUUACAGGGUUUGAGGGCAACCUGAACGACCUUGGCAAGCUGCUAAUGCAGGGCUCCUUCAAUGUGUGGACAGACCACAAAAAAGGUCACAGCAAGGUGAAGGACCUGGCGCGCUUCAAGCCCAUGCAGAGGCACCUCUUCCUCUACAACAAGAUGCUGCUGUUCUGCAAAAAACGAGAGGAGACAUCAGAUGGCCACGAGAAAUCCCCCUCCUACAGCUUCAAGCACUGCUUGAAGAUGAGUGCAGUUGGCAUAACUGAAAAUGUCAAAGGUGAUGUCAAGAAGUUCGAGGUUUGGUACAAUGGACGAGAGGAAGUCUACAUUAUUCAGGCCUCCUCCAUGGAUGUGAAGAACAUGUGGGUUUCAGAGAUCAGAAAAGUGCUGACGGGACAGCUGGAGGCGUGCAGAGAAGCAAGUCAGCUACAUCAGAGGAUCACAGAGAAUGUAUACCACGCUCCCAUGAAUAUGUCUAAUGCCAGGAUGGUGAGGAAGGCGGCACUGAAGCAGUCAGACUCCUCCAGCCCUGAGGUGGGCUACCGGAGGAGCAACCCCAGCCCCAACAUGAGACAGAAACGAGCGGAUGCUUCUGCCAGCCGUAACUCUGAGCAAUCCGCUCUUGCUAAAAAGCGCUUCACAUUGCAGGGCCUCUCCAAUCGCAGGUCUCUACCCCAAGAGCCUCCAUCUAAGGAAACAGAUGUCACGCGCCGCUUCUCUUUAGCAUCCUCUAUCAGUGCUUCCGCCACUAGACGCACAAAAGGUCCUCUAUCUGGUAACCUUAAAACCAAGAGACAUGAAAUUAAGAGUGACCCCACACCACUGGGGUAUGAAGAUACUUUACGUGAUGCUAUCCCAGCAGAAAGCAAACGUAACAGUACUUCAAGUACAGAUUCAACUGUCCCUAGAUCUACCUCUCAAACAGGAUGGACCCAGAGGCGUCUGCCUUCGAUGGAUACUGAAGACUUUGAAACCAUUCCUUCCAGUGCUGAGGAUCUUUCAAACUCCUCCGACGCUGAGGAGGAGUGCAGUGAUAAAAAUGGGGACCAUGACCAGUUUCGGGUUCAGUUGACAUAUGAGGCGAAAACAGCGCAGGACCUGUCUUUGGAGUCAGGGGAUUUAGUGCAGUUUCUGGAAGAAGCGGAAAAUGGGCAGUGAUAUCUUCAGCGAUAGGUGUACUGCUGCUUUAGUAGACACUGAGGAAAAGGAAACUGAUUUUGUGGGGAAAACAGCAACAGAAAACAGACUAACUUACUGAAUCCAACUUGCUCCACUGUCCUACCUUUGGCUUUCCGCUUAAAGUUGUGCCAUUUGUUCAUGGAAGAUGCAAAUUCCCUCCCUUUCCAAACUUCUAGAAGGGGGCCCUUUUUAGCUGCUGUGCCCUCUGAAGAACCACAGGAGCCAGCUACCAUUGUGGGGCUAUGUGUUUUACUGCUGUGCUCAGCCACACUGAAAAAAUCCCUCCCUCCCAAACUCUGUGUCACCUGCGGUCAUUGAGUGACAAAGCCAUGCACAUACUCAGCUGCUGUGCCCUCAAAGGAUCAGAGAUCCACCCGGACUGGUGCUUUGCGCUUUCAUUAGCUGUGCUGCUGUGCCUUUGCUGUGCAACACCGAUAAAUUACCUGGAUGGCACACAGCGUCACUGGGAGGGACACGAUGAGAGAAGAGGCAGGCGGAGAAGCCUUGGCACAGAUGUCAUUUGCUGAAACGUCUGAUCCAGGUUCAGUUCCAGAAAUGCCAGAUCCACGGUCAGGGUCUGAAAUGACUGAUCCAGGGUCAUGGGCUGAAAUGACUGAUCCAGGGGCAGAGAUAUAUUUCAGUUUCAGAUGGAUCAUCUGUUUUUGUAAUUGCUCCCAACUAUACUGUCCUGUUGAUUCCUAUGUCAGUAGAGAGGACGUUUUAAAUUCUUGUUAUUUUUUAUGUUGUACUGGAUGUUUUUUUUCAGACCAGUAUUGAUAUAGUGUGAAGCAAAUAAAGCCCCUGCAGAAAACAGGAAAAAAAAAAGAUUGGCUUCUCAAACUGUGCACACAUUUCAAAUAAAACAUUCUUUGCAAGGCAUACAUUUGUGUCCACUGACUUCAAGAAGAAAGAAUCCCUUCUUAAUGUAAUUCAUAUAAACUUGUUUUCAUUCAAGUGUACAGUUUUGCUUCUAUCUGAUGUAUUAUAUCUGGAAAUGUUGUUCAUGGCUGGUUUAAAAUUAUCAGUUAUUACAUUUUCCUCUGA